CUGCCCACAGGGCCCGGCUCUGAGGAGCGGCGGCCGCCGGGGCAGCGGCCGUGCGGAGCUCAGGCCCGCGCGGUGCGGCAGCGUGUGGGGACCCGGGGCGGUAAUGGGGCUCGAUUCAGCAGGGAGGCUGCGGGAGGAAGGGGGCAGAGCAGCGGCGGGGGACAAGAGAAGCUGCCUGCAGCCUGCCGGGAGCCGGUGCAGACGGGAGGCGGGAGAGGAAGGGCAGCUGGUUGUUGCCUUUAGUUCCCCCUCGCAGGUUUUACGAACAGAACUUCAGCUUUCCCGGUUUCCGGUAGUGGCUCCCGUUUCUAGAUCGGGUUGAAUGAUGUACUUUAUGCCUCCUUAUUAUCUCAGUCCUGUGUAUGUCUAGAAAAAGAGAGACGAAUGGAGUACGGUGGAGAGCACAUGGGAGGGAAAACUGGGGAGAAGGCAAGGGGGAACAGGUCUCUGAAACAGCAGUGGGCCAGCAGACAUAGGUCGUCCGAAGACGAUAACGCUCUGACAGCUAUUCCUCCUAAAGACUUAGAAAAAAUGCUGAGAAGUCUGAAGGGACUCGUCUACCAUCCUCUAAAGUUGGACCAUGGAUAUGCCCUCCAUACGGCAGCCAAAGAUUGCUUAAGUUCCGUUGUCAGCCAGGAUGUCCAAACACUGGCAGAAAGACCCAGAACAGUUUUCUAUACCAGCGAGAAUGACCCGGCCAAUCACACAGAACACCAUGAGGGUCGCCAUUAUAGCAUUCCACUUGAGGAGGUGAAAGCUGUGUUUCCACAUGGACUGCCCUAUCGGUUCCAGCAGCAGAUUAAGACCUUCAAUGAGGCCUGCCUGAUGGUGCGAAAACCAGCUCUAGAACUUUUCACUUACCUGAAAAGCUCCAACUUUGCACACCCAGCUGUCAGAUAUGUGAUCUAUGGUGAGAAAGGAACAGGUAAAACCAUGACUCUGUGUCACGUGGUUCACUACUGCACAAGGCAAGGCUGGCUGGUGCUGCACAUCCCAGAUGCUCAUCUCUGGGUGAAAAACUGCACGGAGCUUAUACAGUCUUCCUACAACAAAGAACGGCUUGAUCAGCCUUUGCAAGCAUCCUUCUGGCUCAAGAACUUCAAAACCUCAAAUGAGCGCUUCCUAAAAGAGAUAAAAACACAAAAAAAAUAUGUAUGGGGCAAACGAGAAAGCACUGAGGAGGGCAGACCAUUGGGUGAAGUGGUAGAACAGGGUUUAGCUCGUGUGAGAAAUGCCAGCGAUGCUGUAGGGGUUGUGCUGAAAGAGAUAAAGCAGCAAUGUCAUCUUGGCUCAUUCCGACUUCUUGUGGCAGUGGACGGUGUCAAUGCGCUCUGGGGAAGGACUACAUUAAAGAAGGAAGACAAAAGCCCUGUUUCUCCAGAGGAGCUGACGCUCGUGUACAAUCUAAGGAAGAUGAUGAUGAAUAAUUGGAGCGGAGGUGCUAUUGUGACAACCCUCAGCCAGACCGGCUCUCUCUUCAAACCCAGUUCUGCCUAUUUGCCCCAGGAGCUGCUGGGAAAGGAGGGCUUCGAUGCCCUGGACCCCUUCGUCCCCGUCCCGGUCCCCAACUACAGCCCGAGGGAGUUCGAGAGCUGCUACCGCUACUACCUCGAUCGCAAGUGGCUGCAGCACGAGAAAGCGCGCACGGAGGACGGCAAGGAGGAGCUGCGGUUCCUGAGCGGCUCCAACCCGCGGCAGCUGGAGCGGCUGGCGGGACCCCUCUAGCACAAUAAAGGCCGGACUGGUGGCAGCGCCUC